AUGAGACUUCAAAUGCCAAAUAAUCCACACAAUAUUUUUGGAAGUAAUGGGCAAGCAGGGGCGGGGGCAGUUUAUGAUGAAACUUUUAUGCAGGCUAGAAGCGCAGCAGCCCUCGCAGAAAUGGAGUCUAAAAUUGCUGCUCAAUCAUUUACUUCUGGUAUGCUUAUACCGCCGCAAGUUGAUACUUCGUUUGGGCAUCAUUCUUCGAUGGAACAAGUUGCAAACAAUAGCAAUACUGCUUUUCAGGUUGGAAUAAUUUAA